GAAACUUCCUUCGCUUAGCUAGGGGAUCUGAAGCUGACAGUUUCCAGAAUCAGUCGACUUUCGACAGUCACUCCGGUUGCACGUCUUUUUCUCUAGUCUGGUCCUUGUCUGGUAGUGGAAGGACUUCCGCUGCUUCCGGUAACUUUCCGGUAACUGUUUAUGUGAGCGCGCAGCAUAAGGAGCAUAAAAGUGCAAUCGUCGUCGUUGGAAAACGUAAAUAAAAAGUAGCAUCUCGAAGUGUGAGGGGGAAUAAUAGUAAACAAAACUGUGUAUAUAUGUACUUUUGAGUAUUCGAGUGCAAUAAUCGACGAUAACAAACUGUAAAGUGAACUCAGAAUCGUACCUCUACACGGUGAGAUAAACGACCGAAAAAUUCCACACGCUUCGACACCUUUUAAUCGUUUGACUCUGUGGAAAUUCGGAAACAAAUCUUGGAAGUUUGUUGGGAUCGUCUUGUUGGGAGUGUGGGAGUUGGGUUGAUUUAAUUUUAUGCUCUCCCUAUUUUUCCGGAUCUAUUGUGAAUGUGCAUGAGUGUAUGGGUGUUAAAGUGUAGGUGUGGGUCUCUAUCUGUAACUGUAGCCGGCUCGAAGGACCAUAAAUUUCAUGACCCGAAAUGUAAAUCGACACACGCUUCGAAAUUGAAUCGGAUUCGCGGAAAAAGCCAUAAAACAAACUAAGGAAAACUAGGAGCAGACCGUGGUGGAAGCAACAGCAGAGGACAACAUCCUACGAGAAAGUAAAACGAAAAAUAAAACCGGUCGAAGGAAGAUAAAUAUAAAGAUCAUCGUUCGUUCUCCCCCGUCUAUCGGAAUCCCGAAAUGGAAGCUGCUCCUGCUGCUGUUUGCCAUAAAAGGCUGCUUCCCCCGGUUAAGCUUGAGCGAACGAGCGAGCGACUGAAAUGGUUGUAAACGUGAAAACUUUCAAAAAAGCGAAGAAAGGUGCUUGGUGAUUUUGUUUGUGUUUUCUGCGAAAAUAAAAACCCCUCAAAGGGGGGGAAGAGACACGAAUAACGAAAAUCAUAUGAAUCCCAGUCGUUAGACCGUGGAAGAUGCCGGAAGAGUUCUGCUUUAGACAUGGAUUUCGGAACUCCAUGACUGUGACUGUUUCUUCGUUGAAUCUGUCGCUGACAGAGGACACGGCAAAGUAGGGAGGGAAGACCCAUCAGACGCUUUCUCUCUAUCUCUCGGUGUUCCUGUGGGCGUCGAUUGGUGAUAAUAAAAGUGAAACAUUUGACGACUUGUGUCUUCGAAAGGUUUUUCGGGAUGUUCAAUGGAAAACGUUUAUCGAUAACUCUCGAUUCGGGCUGCUGAAUAGAAGAAAAACAUAAAGGUAGCUUCUAUUGGUAUUCCAAUCUACUGGUGCCGAGAAUGGGAGCGGAGAAUUUAAUAAAACUGGCUUGUAAACUCCGACAAUACCAUAAACAAUCGCACAAUGAAUUCGGUGAAGAACUAAAGCACAUUCAAAUGUACGUACCGGUACUCAGCUAGUCAUCUUUUCUGUGUGCACGUUCCGCUUAGCAAGAAACUUGUAAAUCUCCCCGGGAAAAAAGUGAUUGUUUUCCUCCAAGAAAAGAACAAAAUGGGAAAUAAAUAAAACCUUUUACUGCCUCCCGAACAACAAAAACCGGUGUGGAAUGGAAUGAAUAGAAGUGAAGUGAAAUCUGGUGCAAGGUUUCCGCGUUUCGGCAUUUUUUCACUAUUUUUUGUGUGGCUUGGACCACGUGCAGUGAACAUUCCCUCCAUCUGAGGUACCAAACUGAAAGAGUCGAAAAGAAUAAGAUUUCAACGACGAACUGCUCUUCCUCUGCUGCCAUCAUCUUCAGUAGGUAACCCACUCUAGGAGGUUCAGAGGACCCAGACUUCAGUAAGACCGUAAGGAAGUGAAGGAAAAGUUUUUCUCUCAACCGAUAGCCGGGGGGCAGCUUCGGUAUUUGCAUUCCCAACAGAGAGUGCUUUCACCUGGCCCUGGAUCUGAACCUGGCAAAACGAGGCAAAUUCAGCGGAAAAGUACAUCGCAGGGAGCCUGCAGAAGCACAUCAAACACAAUUUUUUCCGUCUGCGUGUGUCUACUUUGUAGGUUUGUGCGGCGGAAAAGCGUUUUCCAGAAAAUGUUGUUUUGUACAUUCAUCUUCGUUUGAGUAAGGGAAGGAGAAAGGUCCAGUGCCAAAAGAAGAAAGAACCCCCCGAGUGAAGUUUGUGGGAGUUUUGUUGUAGUAAAUAACUAAGGGUACAUCGCCAUCCUAGAACACCGGAAUCGAAGGAAUAAGAAUAUCGGAAACCUGUGUGCGGUGCGGUUGGUCGAACGCCAGCUGCGGUCGGUGGCUGGAUCUCGGAAGUGGAAAAUAGAAUGAUGCUGUCAAACAUGUUGGAUUUACGACCCGCCCUGGUGUUGACGCUAUUCACGGCUUUAGAGUUCGUGAUCACACUGAAGGAUGUCCGGGUGAGCGUUCCGGCGGCCAUCCGACGCGGCGAUAAUGCAAAUUUGAUUUGUCACUACGACAUGGAGGGGGCUGCCCUCUACUCGGUCAAGUGGUACAAGGGCAAGCGGGAGUUUUUCCGGUACACUCCCAAGGAGAAUCCAUCGCUCAAAGCGUUCCCGGUUCUCGGCAUCAGUGUGGAGCGCUCCAAAUCCAACGGAAGUCAUCUGUCGCUGAAUUCGGUCGAGCCAACGAUGUCCGGCAAGUACAGCUGCGAAGUGUCCGCGGAUUCGCCCUCCUUCCACACGAUGAUUGUGUCCAGCGAAAUGGAGGUCGUAGAUAUCCCGAUGAGCAAACCGCACAUCACGGGACUCAAACCUUACUACCGGAUAGGAGAUCUUCUGAUUGGAAACUGCACCUCCUACAAUUCGAAACCAGCAGCAAACUUAACCUGGCUGGUGAAUAAUGUUGAGGUGAAUCCAAAACAGACCAUGCCGCAUCAAGUUUGGCGAGAUCCCGAAAACGCCUUAGAAACAUCAAAUUUGGGCCUGUACUUCCAGGUGACGAACUACCAUGUGGGCCGAGGGAAGCUAAAAUUCACCUGCUUAGCUCGGAUCUACAAUAUCUAUGAACAGCGGGCGGAGCGCAUCAUAGAGGACGAGCGGCCCAACCUGUUGAGUGCGGCGUCGGCGGCUCCCGUUGGCCUCAGUGCCAACUACAUUCACUCCCUUUACGAUCAGUUUCCGGCGUCUUCCUACCAUCUGGAUGGGGGUGGAGGCGGGGGUGGAGAUUUCGAUCAGAACCAGAACAGCGACGCCUACAUGACGCAGUUGCAAGACAUGUCAUCGUCAGCCAGCACAUCCUGGCCAUUGACCAGCAGCAGUUCUCCGGUGCCGUUGCUUCUGCUGCUCCUCACAACCCUGGCCCUCACAACUUCGUCUCAAUCCACAUCCCUUCCAAAGCCCUUGACGCGGCUGCCGGAAAUGAUGGCCACUGCUGUUAUGCAAAUGAGACACCGGAUUCUGUCACAUUCGGCAGCGCCCAGCAGCCAACAGCAGCUUCCACUUCCUGCCAACCCCCGAUGCUGGUGGUCUGCACACAAUAAAAACAGGGAAAACAGCCAGAGGCAACUAAACGAUACUUCUACCGCAAUCAGCAUUUUACCAAAGAUGUUCUCCUGAGAAUGGCCUGGAUGGAUUGUGUUGUCCAGCAAUCGGACCGGCAUCAGCCAGCAUUCACCGGAUGGAUUCUUUCUUGGUGAGAAAGCCAACGACGAUGGCCACGUGAAGGACGAAGAAGAAGCCGGAGGAGACAAACAGACCACCGUCAUCGUCAUUGUACAGCGCUGACUUCCAGCUAGAGCGAGUGGCCCAUUUUAACCGGGUCCAUUGAGAUGCUGGCAAAAAUCUCAAAACAAUAAAAACCCUUUUUGGACAUGGAACUGUGGAAAGGUGCGAGGAUAUUGUGUGCGUAGGGAAGAGAACCUGCUUGAAGAAACAUGGAUGUAAAUAUUUCCGUACAAAAAAAAAACAAACAAGAACAUUUCCUAAGAUGGUCUGCUUGAACAAUAAAACAGAUCAAAACUAAUUGCAGCAUCCCCACAGACACAAACACAAUAAGAACUGUUAAGGAUAAUCAGCUAGCUAAUAAUGAACAACAAAUAAACAGAAUACCUUUGGCAAUAAUGACCCAAUUGUAUAUAGAAUAAACGGUAAUUGGAUAGAUA